AUGAAAGCAGUGACGUUGCUACCUCCGGACACCACCGCCCGGGGGUAUCAGCCGGAGCAUUGCGGGCCCUACCUGGAGAGAAGCUUCGACUCGGCGCCGGACCCCUCAUUCCACCCGGACGCCUGGCAGCGCAAGGCAGGGAAGAUCUUCGUCUCCUUCUACGCCAUGAAGAAGGUGCUGCAGGCGACGACGACGACAUCCUGGUCUACGUGGUUCCGACUACUAAAGCACUGGUCAAUCAGAUCUCGGCCGAAGUCCAGUUGCGCUUCUCCAAGGAAGUAUGCCCAGGAGGGGAAGUUUGUCUGGGCCAUCCACACGCGGGACUAUCGCAUCCACAACGUCAAAGGUUAUCAGAUUCUCGUGACCGUGCCUCAGAUGCUGUUGCAGAUCCUUACUCCUCGCGCCGGUCAAUGCCAGGGGACCGCACAACUUCUCGCGGGCGCAUUCAAGCGCAUCGUCUUCAAUGAGCAUGUGGUCUGGGAACAGCUCUUGCUGCUCGGUCUUUGCCCCAUCAUCGCGACUCGCUCCCAGAAGGUCAAAGGGUUUGUUUUUGAGAUGAUCGUUCACUCGUCGCGCUCCUCGGACGGUCGGACCUGCGGAAGUUUCAUCUACAAUCCGGUGCCAUCCGUCUUAGAGUUCACCGGUCUUGCGCCGGUUGAACGCCUCCCUUUCCCAGGGCUGGAUUCGGAGCUGAGAACCGAGAAACACUGA